AUGAACUUGUGCAUUGAGUUCCCCAUAUUUCAGUUGCCUUUGAAUUCAGAGAAGGUACUUCAGUUUCAAAGUAUGUCUAAAAUAAAGCUGCCAAUAUACCAUACUGUACGCCAUGGUUGUAGGAGAAUUAGCACUAGUAGUGGCAGUGGCAGUACAAUCGACCCAGAUCUUGCCUUGUUGAACCUGUCCGAAUUAUCGAGCCACUUGCUCGAACUUGGGCCAUUCCCUUCGUUUCUGUCAAUAUUGAAUCAGCAACACUUUUACCAGAAUGAAGUAUUAAUGAAAUACUCCAGGAAAGACCCUCAUCCAGUCUCACUUAGACAGCUUGCAGGGUACGGUAAGACUCUAACCAAACAGAAAAUAAUCCAUAGUGCCAACUUUGUAAGGUUGGAAUUGCCCAUAAGGUUAGCAAUGCGGAUUAGAGAUCUACAAACGUUACCAUUUGGUGUGGUGAACAACUUCCAUUUGGCCCAAAUUUAUGAGAGUUACUACCAUCUGUUCAACGCUUUCCGUAAGAUCGGCACCAUCAACACGCUAGAUGACAAUGACAAAUUCUGUGAAACGCUAUCUUCCUUAUUGGAUGAUCAUGUUUUCAACUUACCGCAUCUUAUGAUGGGUGCAUUAGAAGUAAGCAUUUUAACAGAUUUACCCCAAAAUGAACUAGAUCAGUUCAUGAGUUCAAUGAUUAGAUCAAGAAUUAGUAGAAGAGUAAUCGUCGAAGAGCAUUUAUCGUUGACUGACAACUACAAAACUUCUCCAUAUAGUACUAAACCACCGGAUUUCAUUGGAGAAAUAUUUGCUCAAUGUAAUGCUGCGGAAGAAUUGAAAAUUGUAAGUGGAGUCAUUAAGAAAUCCAUGGUCGAUAUUUACCCCGAUGUAAAUAAAAUGCCAGAGUUGGAAAUAGAUGGAGAUUUGAAUUCUACUUUCCCGUUUAUGGUGCCCCAUUUGCAUUACUUAUUCGGAGAAAUAUUAAGAAACUCAUAUGAGGCUACCAUAAAUAAGUACAAAGACGUUGAAUUUGGCGAAAAGAUGCCACCCAUCAAGAUAACAAUAAUUGACUCCAAUCAAGAUGUGAUUUUCCGGAUUUCAGAUCAAGGUGGAGGCAUACCACACGAUAAAUUGAAUGGUGUGUGGUCGUUUAUGAAGCCAUUGAACAUUGCUAAGAAUAGUCUAGAGAACUUUCAUAGGAUUCCAGGCUUACAAUUGUACCAUAACUUAAAGGUAACGCCUGGUGGUUCUUCCAUAGUUGGAGGGAGCAAAGAUAAGGAAGAAGUUCUCAACAAUUCAUCCUUAACUGAGCCACACAAGCAGACAGACUCUCCACGAGGAGAAGACAAACAGAGUACCCUUUCAGCGUUGGUUAAUCGUGGGGGUGAGUUUAAGUUUGGCUUAGGUUUGCCAAUGUGCAAAGUAUAUACGGACUAUUGGAAUGGGGACUUACUGAUGAACAGCUUAGAGGGUUAUGGGAGCGAUACAUGCUUAACAUUGAAGAAAUUGGGACUUCACUCCAACGUUACUCAGCUCGACAGAGCAUGA